AGCACCUGCCCGUAACUUUUCUUAAUACCACUCUCUGGCAAUAUGCCGCUGUCUAUUUGUGGAGUACAAAUUUGGCCAAAUAUGCCAUGGUACAGCUUUAAUGAGUUGAAUGAUAAACAUGGACCUGUUAACAUAGGUGUGUGUGUGUGUGUGUGUGUGUGUGUGUGUGUGUGUGUGUGUGUGUGUGUGUGUGUGUGUGUGUGUUUUAUGUGUGUUUUAGGGUUGCUUUAUAGCAAUAGCCAGAAUAUCCGGUCUGUGCCAAGGGCAAAAACUGCAAAUAUGUACACAAUCUAUUUUAAAAUCGGUUUAAUAAUUCAGAAGGCGAGAGAUUCAGAAGGACGGAGUCUGGAAUGCAGAAACCUGUCUGUGAAUGUCUAUAUCCGUAUAUCUGUCCGUCUGCAUUUGCACCCCCGCAGGAUUUACAUUGUCGUGACUCCAUCCUUCAGAGCCCUGCCUCUAGAUCUCCGGAAACAUGCCUCGAGAUGGAGAAGGAGGACGCUACAUCCGCGUGAUCAUCGCAGGACCACCAAUCACAGGCAGCAGGAUCACCAAUCACAGGCAGCAGGAUCACCAAUCACAGGCAGCAGACUGAAGGCACGGUGUUCCCUCUCGUCACAGCGCGGGGGCGGUGAGUGCAGCGAUGCCCUGCGCCGCCGUAUAAAGAGAGCGCAGAGGAGAGGAGAUCUCAGGGCAAAGCAACCAGCUCACAAUCAGCAUCAGCACCACUCUAAACGCGAGGGCAAAGCCAAAAAAGGACCAACAACCAUGGUGCUUAUCUGGACCCAGUUUGGUGUAAAAAACAAGAAUGUCAACUGCAAAGUACGAGUUAUGCACCGGGAUGACAGCUCCAGCUCAAACUCCUCUUCGUCGGGGGAGAGCAGCCGGUCGGACCAAGAGGUGCCCUGUCUGUCCAUCAAGCCGGCGGGGAAGGACUUCUAUAAGCUCCUGGGCGUGCCGGCCGACGCCAGCGAAGACGACAUCAAGAAGGCCUACAGGCGGAUGGCGCUGAAGUUCCACCCGGACAAGAACAGCGACCCCGACGCAGAGGACAAGUUCAAGGAGAUCGCGGAGGCCUACGAGAUCCUCACUGACCCCAAGAAGAGGGCAAUCUACGACCAGUAUGGGGAGGAAGGUCUUAAAAAUGGUAACAGCACGUCAAUGGCGAGCCACGGCAAUGCCCACCGCAGCGGUUUCCAGGGCGAUGCGCGGGCCACCUUCUCCACCUUCUUCCACGGCUCCGAGAGCUUUGACAUCUUCUUCGGCUCCGACGUGGACAGCAGCAGCAGCGGCGGCGGCAGCGGCAGUGACGAUGACGCCUUCAACCCCUUCAGCCGCUUUGUCUUCACCCAGGGGGGCGGCGAGGGGGGCCGCAGGGGCCGGCGCCGCCGCCUUCAGGGCCUUGCCGUGGUCCAUGACCUCCUGGUCAGCCUGGAGGAGGUGUUCAGCGGCUGCACCAAGCACGUCAAGAUCAGCCGUAGCCGCCUCAACCCCGACGGUCGCAGCCUGCGGUCGGAGGACAAGGUGCUGGACGUGGUGGUGAAGAAAGGUUGGAGGGCGGGCACCAAGAUCACCUUCCCCCGCGAGGGUGACGAGACGCCCAACAACACGCCCGCUGACCUCACUUUCGUGCUGCGCGACAAGAAGCACGUGCAGUACAAGCGGGACGGCUCCAACAUCGUGUACACGGCUAAGAUCACCCUCAAAGAGGCUCUCUGCGGAUGCACGGUCAACGUGCCAACGUUGGACAACCGCAUGAUGCCGCUGCCCAGCAGUGACAUCAUAAAGCCGGGCUCGGUGCGGCGCCUGCGGGGGGAGGGCCUGCCACUGCCCCGGACCCCCGCGCAGCGGGGCGACCUGCUGGUGGAGUUCCAGGUCCUGUUCCCAGACCGGAUCCCACCCCAGUCCCGGGAGAUAAUCAAACACAGCCUAGCCAAGUGCUAAGGUGCUAAAGGAGGGAAUCAUGAUGAGGAGUCACGUGUGUGCUGAGAGUUCAUGCAAUCGCAGCCCUUGUCUGUAAGGUGCUGGUGUCCUGAUCAACCAACCACAAGCCUGUCUUAUUGUGUUUGGGAUGAGACGGCAGUGAGACCGAAGGGCUGACUUGACUUUUGGCGGGGAUUACGUGAGAACAAUGAUGAUGAUGGUGAAGAUAAUGAGGUCUGACUUUUUAAUAGACGAGAGAUGAUGAUUCUACUGUUGCACUUUAGGCAUGCUUGAAACACAACCCAACAGAGGGUUGGAGGCCCCCAGCAGAAUGGGUCUUGGGUAGUCUGAGGUCUAUAAUAUUCCACUGACUCCAUACUAGCCUUUCCUCUUGAAACAAAAGGACAUUUAUAUGUACUGUUAUACUUGCAGGAAUAUACCUGGUUCCUACAACAGUUUGCAAUUCAGCUCUUGAUUUAUAUGUCUACUUCGAUCUAUAUAUAGAUCGAUAUAGACUCUUAUAUCAUGCCUGAGAGGUAAAACGGUAUGAGGUUUUCAAAGUUAUAUGGUGUUCAUAUGACAGAUUGUUUACAUUGAAUUAUUACAAUAACAAAAAUGUACUUGUGUACAAAGAAGUUUAUACAUUGUCUCUAAGAGAGAUGCAUAUCUGUCAAAUGUUCUAUUGAAUCAUUUGAAAUGUUUAUAUACUCUACAAUGAUGAGCCUUUGAAGUAAUAUACAUUUAUAUGGAUGUAAAGCAUGUAAAACAAAUAUAUUAAAUCAUAUUAAAAAAUGCCGGUAUACCUGU